AAAAGGUGUAGACGUGAGGGUCUGGCUUGACCAGAAAGGAUAUUUGAAGGGAAUUUUUUAUUUAUUUUAACAAUAAAGAACAGAAAGGAAUCGCUUAGCUGUUUUGGAAAGUCCAGUCAGAAAAUUGAAAUUAGAGUAAUUAGAGUUUGAGAACUACCUUACUAAAAGAAUGACGACUGGUGAUGAUGCACAGUUCUUUCAAACGUUAGCAGAUCAAUCAAAGAAUCCCAAUGAACGCCCUCAAUUUCGAAAGUAUAUUCCAAAGGCAUUGAAUAAGUUAAGAGACAUUUCGCUACAUGAAGGUAUUUACAAGCAAUGUCUGAGAUUUUUGGCAAACUCUUGUAGCGAGGAAGAUGACAAUCGUGCUACAUUUUUUAGUGAUGGGGGUCUUGACGUGUUGAAGACGUAUUGUGCAAAAGCAGAUGAAAAUUCUGCUCUUGCUUUUGCUGUAAUUCAUAACUGUAUCUUAGAUUCAAAAGAAUAUAGAGCAAGGGUUGCUGAAACCGAAAUUCUGCAUCUUGCGAUUACAUACUGGAUUGAUUGGCAGCCUAAGCUACGUACUCCUUUCAUUAACAUGCUUUCUGUCAUCUGUGAGUUGUUAUAUCCUUUUUCCAAAGAUGCUGCUUUGGUUUUCACCGGGUUACAGGUUCUCCCUUCUAUGAUCCGAGAAGAAAUCGAUUCAUACUCUAUCUUUACGAAAGCGUUUGACAAUCCAAGCAUUUGUGUGUCGUUUGCAAAGAAUCCUGCCAUUCUAAUUGACUCAAUGGAGUUAGUUUUAAUGCAACGUGAUUUUCCUCAAAAAAUUCCUAUUUUAAAUUUGUUUCCCCGUAUCGCUGAACACGAUGGUGUCUUUUCUACUGAUCUUCAUAAAAACGCCUCUUUUCUAGAACUUCUUAAAACCUAUUUACUCUCUAAUGAUUCCCCUCGCAUAACGAUGGCCGCACUUUUCGUUGGAAAUCUUGCCAGAAACGAUCAUAUCUCAAAGGCCUUAUUUCGCGAGAAUUUUUCUGAAAUUCUUGUUGCUUGCAUUCUCAAAGAGAAAAAGAUUGAUGAUAAUGUUGGUAAAAUUUAUGCUUGUUCCGCCGCUUUACGACAUUUUAUGAUUCCUCUAUCCUCCCGGGCCCAUUUUGCUGCUACUUCUUUGCUUCUUCAAGAUAAGAUGUUGCGUAGCAGCUAUUCCCAAUUGCAUUAUCUUUCUGUUUCUAUGAUUCGUCUUUCUAUGCCUUACAUUCUUUGUAAAUUAGUAAGUGAGCCUGAGCGCUUUGAAAAAUUACGCGAAUGCACGAAAAGCCCUGAUACAAAUCUUGCCCUUGAAAGCAACAGGGCUAUGUUGGCUUUUAUUAAACACGCUUUAAUAUUGCCGAAUUCAUGCCCAAAAAUUUCCAAAUUUUUGCACGAUAAUAUCUCUGUUUUCCAAGACAGCGUUCUGACUACCAUCACUAUGGUUAACAAUUAUCCCAUAGUUACUGGAGAAGCUGUAUUUGUUGCGAUUUUAAUGAUUAAACACGGGUUUGCCGGUUUGUGUGAAACAAUUCGUUUGUCUUCGGCUUAUGGGAUAUUACAAUCAUAUUCUAAGGAUCCAAAAUAUGCCCAUGAGUUGAAGCAGAAUGUUUUGGCUUUGCUCGUCCUGAUGGAUAAAGACUCCAAAAAGACCGAGUAAAUUUACAAUUUUCUAUACUGUCUCCGUUUUUUAUUUAAACUAAAACUAAGUCUUAUAUAAAAAAAGGUUUUAUUUGCCUCUUUGGAUUUCCAUUGUUUUCUUCUGCAUUAUUUACUUAUUAUGUCAAAAAUCCUUUCCCAUUUUUGGUUUAUAAAAAGUUGAAGUGAUUGUUCAUCAUCGCUUUUCCUUUAUUAUAUUUAUUUUUUUGAUAAUUACAAAUUAUAUUCAUCAUCGUUUACUUCCUAAUACUUAAUGUUUCCAUAGCGGAAUGAAUAAAGUCUGUCGAUUUGUAUGUGUUUCACUGUCCAACCUUUUCAGAGCUAGUUUAAG